CAGCAGCAGCAGCAGCAGCAGCAGCAGCAGCAGCACCAGCACCAGCACCAGCGCCAGCACCAGCACCAGCACCAGCAGCGGCAGCCACCCAUCCACACGGGUGAGGAAGGGGGUGCCCCGCAGCUGCUGGCAGCUAGCGGCAGGCAGAUUGGAGACUCGGCUGCUGUGCAGCCAAUACAGGGCGGUGGUGCAUGGGGAGCGCCGCUGCCGUGGCAGUCUGGCGGCGUGCAGAACGCUGGCUUUGGCUGGCGGGGGCCUACCGCCCCUCAGCUGCACGUGCCGCCGCAUGGCGCAGCGCCGCGCACCGGCGACCCCAUCGACAGCGGCGGCUACAACCCCAGCUCGUUUGGGUGCACUGAGAGCGGGCGCUGCUUCUCUGGGUAUGGCCACGACAGACACGUCCACUGCAGCUCGUCUGGCCACAGUGGCAGCAGCAGCCAGGGUGGGCAUUACGUUGGGUUUUGA